AUCGAGUUGCCUGACCGUUGGGAAGGGGAUUCUACAGAGAAAUGAGUUCGCGACUCUGAAACUGGUUCUUUAACAAAAUGAAAGUUGUACGAAGAGCUCAUAUUACUUGCUAUGUCUCAACGCGUGGAGGUUGCUGCGAAUGGAGACCCGCCCUAGCCUCGCCCCAACCACCCUCCUUUGACGAAAAAUCCUAACAUCUAUUGGCUAUUUUAACAACAAGGAGAGAGAACAAAAACCUAACAAGAUGUCCAUUCAUAGGCUCGCGAAAUCGACGACGAAAUAACCGGCUGACUUUAAAUGACAAGUAAUUAUGGCAACGUCUGGUUCUAAUAGAAAGCCAAAAGUCAUAAUUUUAGGAGGAUGUGGUUUCAUAGGACGUAAUCUCGUGGAAUAUCUGUUGGAUAAUGAUCUCGUGUCGUUUGUACGUGUCGUAGACAAAGUACCACCACAAACCGCUUGGCUCAACGCUAAACACCAGCAAAUGUUCGAGCAUCCUUUGCUUGAAUUCAAAAGUGCUAAUUUGAUCAAUGCAGCAUCUUGUCAGAAUGCAUUUUUAUCGGACGGUCCCAUUGAUUAUGUGAUUAAUUGCGCCGGAGAAACAAAGAGUGGUCAAACGGACCCUGUAUAUAAAGAAGGAAUUUAUAAGUUAAGCAUAAAUUGUGCUCAACAAGCAGCAAAACAACAAGUCGAUCGUUAUGUAGAAAUAUCUUCUGGUAAUCUCAAUACUUCCGAAAAAAGUCCUCACAGAGAGGAAGAUACCGGCGAACCGUGGACGUAUAUUGCAAAAUAUAAAUUCCAAGUUGAAAAUGAUUUAAAAAAUAUACCAAGUUUAAAGUACACGAUACUCAGACCAGCUAUCGUGUAUGGUUUUGGAGAUAGAAGUGGCUUAGCACCACGUCUGGUAGUAGGGGCAGUUUAUAAACAUUUGGGAGAAAUGAUGAAAUUACUUUGGGGACCAGAACUUCAUAUGAACACGGUUCAUGCAAGGGACGUAGCUAGAGCUGUUUGGCACGUAGUAAAUAGGCCAGAAACUAUAGGUCAAACGUACAAUGUUGUUGAUGAAGGUGAUUCAACUCAAGGAUCAAUCAGUGCUAUAGUUUCAGAAUUGUUUAAUAUCAAUCACGAUUAUUGGGGUACUGCACUAUCUACAUUGGCUAAAACAGAUAUGAGCUCCGUAGUUGAAGAAGUGAAUGACAAACAUAUGGGACCUUGGGCAGAGGCUUGCAAUAAGGAUGGAGUGGAGAAUAGUCCUUUGUCUCCAUAUAUAGACCAAGAACUUCUUUACAACAAACAUUUGUAUCUAGAUCCAAGAAAGUUAUUAAAUACUGGGUUUGAUUAUGUUUAUCCAAAACUUACAAAAGAUGUUUUAAAAGAGGUUGUUGACGACUAUGUGAGCAUGAAGAUAUUUCCACAUUCCUUGGUUCUAUGAAUUUUGGGAGCAUGGUUUGCCAAGAUCAAAUAUUAAAAAGGCUUUUACAAUGAUUUGUAUAAAUAACUUUUGGAGCGUUUCACCUUGUGCCUAGUAAUCUAUGCAAAUUACAUACUCUAUUGUAUGUUAUAUACUUUACUCGUAUUUUACCCGCUAACAAAUACUGUUAGUCAAGUUUAUAGAAUAUAACAAAUAUGGAAUACGAAGAUUUCAUGUAUAAGCCUAUUUCAAAUGUGAUAAAGUAGAAAUUAAUGUACUUAAUUUUAUCGUAGUUUGAGGUAUGAAAUUUUUGCACCUUAAGGUUGCUAGUCAAGUUUUGACAUGUAAGGAUAAUGCGAAAGCUGGAACAUAUUGAAAAACGAAUCAUGGAACUAGAUAUUUACAUGCCCAAACUUAAUAUAUUAUAGCAUAUGAAAUUGUUUGGAUAAAUAUUUUAGAGAAUUAUGUAUACCGCCAAAAAUGCUUUUAAAUACUGCAUUUCAUCAAGACUGGGAAUAUAAAUAAAAUUGUUAAAAAUCUAAUAGAUCCGUAGAAACUUAAAAAGGAUUUUUUGCUUUUCUUUUUAUAUCCAUUGCAUUCCAAUACAUAAUUUUUAAGAGCCGUGACAUGUGUGCAGAAAUCUUUUUAUUCCAAGCAAAUAAUAUGGUUAUGUAAAGUUAGAAUAUUAGAUCAUUCGAAUUACAUAAUGUAUUACAUUGAGUACAAAUAAUAUUAAGCUAGAAAAUAUUUCUAAAACGCCAAACAUAAGGAAAUCAAUAGAUUUAUAACAUAAAAUUAAGCCUAAUUUUACAGAGGAUGAUACAUGUAUAGGCUAACGGCACUAACUGCCGAAUCAAAUCCAUAGCAUUACCCUUUUUAAUUAAUUGUUAUUAAUCCUUUGAUAAUAAAGUUAUUCAUUUAUGCAAUUAUUUAAUUGCUAUCAUUAUACCUUUGAUACCAUUAACGAACUAAAUUCUUGGGGAAAAGGGUCAUUCUAUUUUGUUCUCUAAGACCAGCAACAUCGAUACACUGUCUUAAUUUUAUUCAAUCAUUGGUUACAACAAGAUA